AGAGAGAGAGAGAGAGAGAGAGAGAGAGGAUUCCAGCUGUACUGAGGGAGAGUUGGAUUUCCAGUCCAUUCUGUUGACUAUCAUGACAGAGUGAGACAUACCAGAGGAGAGUGAAAUUCCACAUUUCCCAGAUAUCAAGGCCUAUGCAAAAUCAAAAAUGGAAUGUUUUUGAACACGCUGUCUUCUGAUCACCUGGAUUUAACUGCAGUUGAUUUUGGACUUUUGAGGACUCACCGACUGGCUGAGGAGUCAUGGAAGGUCUAAACACACACAGAGUGACAUGUCUUUGGUGAACGUUUCUGCACAGUGACCCAACAUGUAGCAGAAGUGAACAAGCCCCUUCACGCCUGGGAACAAUCUGACAAAAAUGGGGAAUGCAUAUGCUGGACAGCUGAAGUCUGCCCGAUUUGAAGAGGCUCUCCAUAACUCUAUUGAGGCGUCACUGCGCUCGAGCAGUGGUGAUCCACAGCCUAUCUUCACACAGCUCUAUCUUGAGCCAGAGUCACAUCCUGGUAACAUGGAAGACAUUAAGCCAAAACCCGACGUCCGUGGAGGGGAGCCGGCAGGCCGGGAGCUGCUGAACAGCAACUCCUCCAAAGACCUGGAGGACUUGGAGGAGGAUGAGGAUUCAGACACCGGCAGCCCUCUUCCCUAUCUGCAGGCUCCUGCCCCUGAUGGCUGCUGCACUCUGGAUGGGUUCUGUCAGGCCGGCAAAGACCUUCGGCUGGUCUCCAUAGCAACAGAGCCCAUAGAAGUCCCAGCAGGCUUCGAGCUGGUCGGUGCAAAGUCCCCCAGCGUCCCCGAGCACAUCCUGGUGUGUGUGGUGGACCGCCGUUUUCUGCCUGAUGAGAAUGGGAAAAAUGCACUUUUAGGUUUUUCAGGAAACUGUGUGGGCUGUGGGGAGAAGGGUUUCAGAUACUUCACUGAGUUUUCAAACCACAUCAACUUGAAGUUAUCCACCCAGCCCAAGAAGCAGAAGCACUUAAAAUACUACCUGGUGAAAAAUUCUCAGGGUGCUCUGUGCAAAGGACCCCUCAUCUGCUGGAAAGAUUGCAAAACCCGUCAAUUUUCCAGUAGUGCGUCAACAUCCAAACCAAACUCAUCGUCCCUCAACAGUAAGGAAAACGGAGGUGCCGGUGGACACAGCUCGUCCCCCUUUUCUCUCUCAGAUUCUCCACCCUCCAGAACAACUCAAGCAUCUUCAGUCUUUUUUGGAGGUCAAGACCUCAACAGAGACUGCAACUUCCUCAAACCUCUUACCUCCACACCUGGGAACAAGACUCUACCAAUAGUACCCACAGCUCUGAGGGUGAAUGGGCCAACUAAUGGUCUGGGUGUUGAUGGGCGCCCUCCAUUACUGAGUCCCUCCCGGGUGUCUUUAGGGCCUCAAGGCCAGGGGUAUCGCAGCACUGAUCUAGGUGAGAGCCCAGUUUUCUCUCCUAUGAAUUCCGGUCCUCCAAAGAAGCGCCAUCGGAGCUGGCACCCCAGCUCGUUGGUACCCGUCCCACCAACAGCUGUCUCCGUACCGGCCAUCCGGCCCAUCAUUUGUUCUCAAGGCCCUGUAUUAGCAGCAUCCUCUCCUCAGCCACCAUUAACAGGGGUCAUUCAGCCCCAACCUGUUACAGCGGGCGAGACGGUUAUAGUCCCGGACAACCUGCUCAACACUUCAGGAGUUCGCCCUGUCAUCCUCAUCGGGCAUGGCACUUUACCUUACUUCUAUGGGAAUGUUGGGGAUAUUGUGGUGAGUCCUCUGCUGGUGAGCUGCUAUAAGAGCAGUCAGCUUUCAGAGCAAACUCUGGAGAACUUGGGCCUCAACAGCAGCCAGAUCCUCAACGUGGAUACAGUGAUCCUGCUCACUUUACAGUAUCUUUCACGUCUAGACUCACAACAGAUUCCUCUAAGGGAGGAGCUGGAACAGAUCGUUCUGAAGGCGAUGAUGUCCUGUCCUGGGGGUCCGACCAUCUCUUCUUCCCAGUUGCCAUGGUUGGUGCGACUGGAAGCCAGCGUCUCUGGGGGCAGCGUCCAGGUUGUGGUUACCCAUAACUCUUUGGGAGAAGGCAUUUCAGAGUCGCUGCAUUCUAUGAGUGAGGGUUCGCACCUCCAGCAGUCCCUGCCCACAUAUGUGGUCAUUAUAUGUGCCUCCAAAACGAAUGGCAACGAGUUCUGUGUGCUUGUUUUGGGAAAGUACCAAGCACGGGCCUUAGCUGAAGGUAUGCUGACGACCAACGAGUUUCUGAAAGAAAUCAGCUACGAGCUAAUCACAGGGAAAGUCAGCGUCUUGGCGUCUCACUUCAAAACCACCUCGUCAGGGGACAAUCUGGACAAGCAGCUGGUGCGAUACCAGCGUAGGCGGAAGGGACAGGCCGUCCAGCCUUUCCAGGGAGAUGUCAGUGAAAACAUCCACUCGCAGCAGGCAGCCAGCAUGUCACCACCCUCAGACAGAGCAGAACUGUUAAGUAAGGUCUUCCAGAUCUAUCCGGCGCAGCUGAGCGUAGCUCGGAGCCUUCUCUCUCAAGUCUGCUCCAUUGCUGACUCAGGGACCCAGAACCUGAACUUGGGCCGCUUUUCUAAGGUGGACUUUCUGGUGUUAGUUCCACCCUCUCAUGUUUUGGUACACCAGACAGCACAGCGCAUCCGACAGUCAGGAGUGCUUGUUGAUCUUGGAAUAGAAGACAUGUCCACAGCGCACCAAAAAUCAGACAAGUACGUGGUGCGCCUUGACAGUGACGUGCACACCAAGAUGGAUGCCUUCAUGAGGAAGGUCAAACAGAAUCCUUACACUCUGUUUGUACUGAUCCACGACAACUCACACGUUGACCUCACAAGUGCGCUGUCUGGCUCAGUGUGCCACGGGGAGCUGCAGGGUCUGGCUGACAGGGUGGUGAACUGUCAGGAGGUCUUAGAUGCCUUGAACCUGCUCGUCCUACAGGUCAGCUGCUUCCCCUACACCCUGCAGACACACCAGUCCCGCAUUACUAUUCACAACGAAGUCCACUGGCCCUCCAGUGAAAGCCUGCAGGGGGAGCAAUCUUCUGAUAGUUUGGUCUACUUUGGCCUGAGGGACUACAGCAGAUCCCUUCAGUGGGGCGUGGCCAGUCCCAUUCUGCGCUGUGACGAUGCGUUUGAGAAAAUGGUCCACACUCUACUAGAGAGGCACCCUCACCUACACAGCAUGGUGAUCCGCAGCUACCUACUGAUCCAGCAGUACACUGAGGCCAUGAUGGCCCUGACCUCUUCCCCUUCCUUGAGGGACCACAUAACCCCAGAGACCUUGGCCAUGGUGGAGGACCUGAUCAGUGCCCCAGUCCGGGAGGGCUCCCAUGGUCGGGGUCACAUGCUGCUAGUCCGUGUCCCCUCACUACAGCUGGCAAUGCUGGCCCGGGAGCGGCUAGAGGAUGUGAGGGACAAGCUUGGACUUCAUUUAUGUUUCGCUGUGCUGCUGGGAAGCCCUGCUUCAGAACUCAACCUGCCCAGAAACUUCACUAGCCGCCUCAGGGCGUGGCGAGGCUAUGACAGUGACGACUGGGUUCCCCACACCUAUGAGGACCUAGAAGGGUUACCCUGCAUCGUCAUCCUCACAGGAAAAGACCCCCUGGGAGAGACUUUUCCAAGGUCUCUGAAAUAUAGCGACCUGCGGCUGAUUGAUUCCAGCUACCUGACCCGUACAGCUUUAGAGCAGGAGGUGGGUCUCGCCUGCACGUACGUAACCGUAGGAGUUGUUCAGAACCCCAAGAAGGCCAUGGCCCCUCAGGAUGCAGACGGCGAGAAGGUUGCAGCCAACUUCAAUGAUGGAGAUGAGCUGGAAAGGCCACAGAGCAACGGCAGUGCUGUCACCAGAACAUCGGGUUCUUUGACAGAAAACGGUGUCAGUUCAUCUGAUGCCGCUGACUUGUUCCAAAAACCCUCCACUUCCACCAGCCUCCCUGAAGGUGCUGUCACUAUAGACGAGAGCACGAUGACGACGGCAUUCAAACAGGAGUGCGAUUCCCCGGGAAGCCAGCUCUCCUCCAACCCCGCCAAAGCCUCCAAGCCAUCUCCAUCCCUUUACUCCAGUUCAUCCUCUUCCUCUCCAUGCCCGUCUUCCUCAUCCACCCAGAGGCCCAGCCAGUCCACGCAGUGUGCUUGGGACGCUAAGCCAGCUCGGGUGUCACCGCGGACCAUCAUCAUGUCACGAGCGGCGUACAACCUGCUUGCCGGGGAGUCAGGGAGACAGCUGAGUUCCUGCUCUUUGUUGCCUCAUGCAGAUGUGUCCUGGAGCACCCCACUGAGGCCCAUGAUCACACACGACUUCCAGGGGGCAGAGCAGAGCAGGUACUACCGCCAGUGGACCAUCGCCAGACAGCACCAUGCUGAUUAUGGAGCACCAUCUCUGCCACAUCCAAGGCGUUUGCUACUCAGCGGUCCGCCACAGGUUGGAAAAACUGGUGCAUACCUGCAGUUUCUCCGUAUCCUUUUUCGCAUGCUGAUCAGACUGUUGGAGGUGGAUGUAUACAACGAAGAAGAGGAGGGGGCAGAGGAGGAGGAUGAUGUGUCAGAGGUUACGACUCCAGUAAAUACCCAGUGGCCUGACAUUGAAGAAAUUCGCAAGAUGCCCUUUGACCCCUACCCCCGGGACCCAAAGUUUAGGAGGGCGAGUCCUGUUUACUCAGAAAAGAUGCCAAAGUUCAUCAAAGAUUUUAAGCAAGAAGGAGAGAACGAGACAGAAGCCAAACGACAGACGGCGUCCAUACGUCUGAGCAGGUUCGCUGCUCACAAUGCCUUUCAUCACUGCGAGCAGUGUCACCACUACUGUGAAGCGAAUCCCGCCACACAGCUGUCAGAGUGUACCUUCCACGCCUUUACUUUCUGCUCAUCCAUGCUGGGGGAGGAGGUUCAACUGCAAUUUGUCAUUCCCAAAUCCAAGGAGCAGCACUUUGUCUUCAGUCAGCAGGGAAGCCACCUGGAGAGCAUGCGCCUGCCUCUGGUCUCCACCAAGGAUCCUGACUUGUUGAAGAGUCCAAUCUUCACCCCAACAACAGGACGCCAAGAGCAUGGCCUGCUCAACAUUUUUCACGCCAUGGAGGGCGCCGCCCAUCUGCACAUCCUGGUAGUCAAGCAGUUUGAGCUGACUCAGUACAGGAAGUAUUGGCCCAACCACAUCCUGCUCGUUCUGCCGGCGAUGUUCAACAGCACUGGAGUCGGUGCCGCUCGCUUCAUGAUCAAAGAGCUGUCGUACCAUAACCUGGAGCUGGAGAGGAACCGUUUGGAGGAGCAAAGCGUCAAGAGACAAGACGUAUGGCCUUUCAUUGUCAUGAUGGACGACUCCUGUGUGCUGUGGAACGCCCAGUGGCCACCAGACAGCAGUGAAAUUUCAGAUGGACCCAUCACCAACGUUUCUCUAAAAAUGGUUCUGCAGCAUAUGGAAUCUACACCUAAGAUUUCCCAGUAUGCGAUGUGCGGCACACGCAAGUGGAACAGCAGCCUGGCUCACAGGCCCCCCAAGCUGCCCUUCAGCCGGUGUCACCUCCACGACUUCGUCAUGCUUAAUGUGGACCUGACGCAGAACGUCCAAUAUGAUCUUAACCGGUAUUGCUGUGAGGAGGUGGACUUUAAUCUGAGGGUGAACAGCAGCGGUUUGCUGCUGUGCCGCUUCAACUACUUCAGCUUGAUGAAGAAACACAUUCCAGUUGGGGGCAACAGAGGCUUUAUCGUCAAACCUAAACUUGUGGAAAUCAAAAACCCGACCCCAAUCAGCCCAUCCCAGUACGUCUGUGCCCCAGACAGUGAGCAGACCCUUUUGGACGCCCCGGCCCAGUUCCUGUUGGAAAAGUUCCUGCAGAGCUGCUGCUACAGACUGUUCCCGAAGGCUGUUCAAAACAGAACCAAUCCGGUUCUGUCUAUCGACAGCUACCUCAACAUCAGCCCAGAGAUUUCUGUGUGCUACUUCAACUCUCGCCCACACUCCACCAACCUGAACCAUCAGGGCCUGGUGUUCAGCGGUCUUCUGCUUUAUCUCUGCGACUCCUUUGUUGUCUCUGGACUCCUCAAGAAAUUCCGCUUCCUGAAAGGCGCCACCCUCUGUGUGAUCUGCCAGGACCGAAGCUCCCUGCGUCAGACCAUCGUCCGGCUCGAGCUGGAAGACGAGUGGCAGUUCCGCCUGCGGGACGAGUUUCAGACGGCCAACUGCAGCGAGGAUCGGCCUCUGUACUUUUUGACCGGGCGUCACGUCUGAACUGGGACCCGCCCACAAUCACCUGCACUACUGCAGAAACACCAAUCAGAAAAAGACAUUUUGAUUCCAGAUCAGUCAGCAAUCACAAUUCUUGUCAUUCCAACGGAAGGUCAAAGAAAGUGCAGAAGAAGAUCCGGGCAGCCACGUGAGUGGAUACGCGGUCACCCAGCAUGGCUGCGUAUGCACCUGUAAUCCCAUGGUGCACUGCACCAGGCUGAGACAGAUAGAUCUUUACUCCACAGACAGUUCUACUGAGACUUUGCUGUGGAAAAAGCACAGCUGACACUGACAUUUUUUUUGUUUUGUUGUUGUACUCCCACAAACACGGAUGCUUUCUGAUUGAUGCUGUGACUAUGUGAUGAUUCUUUGUGUGCGUGGACCGUGCAGUAUGUCCCAUCCUGGAUAUACCUGUUUAUCUCAGGGUUUUAAAGGGGUGACACUUUUCUUUUCACUCAUCGCCUUUUUUUUGGCCUUCACUUUUACAUCAGAACCUGUGUCCCUUUUUACUGUGCCUCCAACACCUUUUGAAAUUCACCUAUAAUAAGAUUGUUGUUACAGAAAUCUAAUCAUAGAGGUUACCAGUUUGUAACGUGUGCAUGUGACUUUUUGAACUUUAUCAAUUUGUG